CAAUCAGCGCGGAGCGCGGGCGAGGCGGCACCGGGUUUUCUCCCGCGCAAAGGCGAAGCUCUGCUCAGAGGCGUCGAGGCGUCGAGGCUGCGGGGCCGCCCAAGAAACUAAAGAUGGUGCCUGGUGGAAAAAAGCUUUCUGGGAAAUCUGGGAAGCCAUCAUUGGUGGAUCAGCCUAAAGCCUUUGACUUUGAGAAAGAAGAUAAAGAUCUGACUGCUUCUGAGGAGGAUGUUGCUGAUGAAAAGAUUCCGGUAAUUGAAAAACAUGGAAAGAAAAGAGCUGGAGGAAUAGUUGAAGAUGUGGGAGGUGAAGUACAGAAUAUGCUGGAAAAAUUUGGAGCUGACAUCAACAAAGCUCUUCUUGCCAAAAGAAAAAGAAUAGAAAUGUACACUAAAGCUUCUUUCAAAGCCAGUAACCAGAAAAUCGAGCAAAUUUGGAAAACACAACAAGAGGAAAUACAAAAGCUUAACAGUGAAUAUUCUCAGCAAUUUUUGAGUGUGUUGCAGCAGUGGGAACUGGAUAUUCAGAAAUUUGAGGAACAAGGAGAAAAACUAACUAAUCUUUUUCGUCAACAACAGAAGCUUUUUCAGCAGUCUAGAAUUGUUCAGAGCCAGAGACUGAAAACAAUCAAACAGCUACAUGAGCAGUUCAUAAAGGUGAGUUACACAUGGUAACAUGUUUUUGUUGUAUGUCUUUUUGUUUUUGUGUUUGUUUGAGACAGGGCUCACUUUAUAGCCUGGCUACCCUGAAA